AUGGCUUCCUCAAAGAGUCAAGACGGCGGUACAAGUGCCAAGCCCCAAAAGCAGAUUCUUCUCAAUGCCUUUGAUAUGUUCACUGUGGGACACCUGUCCUUUGGCCAAUGGCGUAAUCCCAAAGACAGAGCCAAAUACAAACGCCGCGAUCUCACCUAUUGGACAGACCUAGCAAAGCUCCUCGAUAAAGGAGGGUUUGUGGGCUUGUUCUUGGCCGAUACUUUUGGGCCAUACGACACAUACAAGGGGAGCGCAGAGCCAUCGGUCAGAACAGGCGCCCAAUGGCCUAUGGCCGACCCUGUAAUCCCCGUUUCCGCGAUGGCUGCUGUAACCAAGAAUCUUGGAUUUGCCAUCACAACGUCAACUUCGUACGAGCAGGCAUACGUGGUUGCAAAACGCUUCAGCACCCUCGAUCACUUGACGAAGGGACGUUUUGGAUGGAACAUUGUCACCAGCUGGAAAGAAUCAGCUUCCAAAGCUGUUGGCCUUCCGUUAGUUGAACACGACACCCGGUACUCAAAUGCAGACGAGUACUUGCGAGUUUUGUACAAAUUGUGGGAGGGCUCUUGGUCAGAUACCGCAUUGGUAGAAGACGCAGAGAAAGGCAUAUACUCGGAUUACUCUCAAAUUCGUCCCAUCCAUCACCAUGGCAAGUUCCACGUCGAUGCACCUUUUCUGACAGACCCUUCUCCCCAACGUACGCCUGUGCUGUUCCAGGCCGGCACAUCUCCCGCGGGCAUCAAAUUCGGUUCCACCCACGCUGAAGGCAUCUUUGUUGCCGGUCUCUCCCCACAUGUUGUAGCACCAAGAGUCAAGGCCAUCCGCGAAGGCGCCAUCGCCGCAGGACGAGAUCCUUACUCCGUCAAAGUUUUCGCCAUGAUAACCCCAAUUAUCGGCAAAGAUGAAGAAGACGCCAAAAGAAAGUACGAAGAAGCCCUCAAGUACGUCCUCAUCGAAGGUGGCCUUGCCCAAUUCUCCGCGACUACAGGUAUCGAUGUUUCUCAGUUUGACCUUGACCACGAACUCACCGAGGCGGACGUUGCGAACCACCUUCAACGUAUUCACUCGUCGCUAUACAACUUGCGCUAUCGCGGCGAUGAUGUGCCAAAGUUGACGCCCCGAAACCUGGGCACGGUCACGGCAAUCGGUGGGAACGGGGCUAUGCCGGUCGGUACCGCGGCUCGGGUUGCGGACGUAUUCCAGGAGUGGGUGGAUAUUGCCGACGUUGAUGGAUUCAACAUUGGUUACGUUGUUACGCCUGGCAGCUUUGAAGAUGCCGUCGAGUACCUCGUCCCAGAGCUCCGUAGCAGAGGAUUAUUGCCGCCGGCGAUUCCUGAUGACGAGCCGGCUCCUACUUUCAGAGAGCAGAUCUAUGGGCCUGGACAAAAGGGGUUGAGGUCUGACCACCCGGGAUUCAAGUACAAGUAUGAUACUUACGAAGAGACUAUUGCCAAGGAAAGUGCUGCGAAAGCUGCAACGGCGGAACAUUGA